CUCAUCCCAGAGUAUGUUAAUCAUCUUGCCUCAACCAUCAAUGCUGCUCCUGUUGCUCUGGUUACAGAGCACACAAGGAAGAUGUGUCUUUGAUGAAGUACAGCAGUCGGUCAGAGUUGUAACUCCAAUAACAGGGUCCACCCCCACCAAACACAGUGAACUGAGCGACAGCCGACCUGUAUUCUCUGCUUCAGAGCAGAUCAGAGCUAUCCAUCAACAUUCUCACUGGACCAGAGGAACCUCUCUUCAGAACCUCCAACCCCAGAGAACUAUAAGGCAAGGCUUGACAGCAAUGGCACCAAUCAGAAUUAAGAUUUGGAUCCCACAGGAGAGUGUCCCCCUGUCUGAGGUGGACAGAGAAAGACUGGAUUCAGCGAUCAACCAAACUGUCAGCAUUGUAUCCAGUCUGCUUUCAGUGAGACACAUUCCUGGCCCUUUGCUUCUCAGCAGAGACAUCAAUAAGUACUGCAAGUUCAUCUGGAGGAAUACCAGCGCUGCCAAUUACAACAGGUGUGGUCGAGCCAAUGGCAGCUACAGGAAUGAAACUUGCCUGGAUGUUGUUAUACCAGAUGAGCACCUAAGGGGCUUUGCUGUCUUCCAUCAUCCUGACUCACCAAUCAGCACAGAGUUUAGACGAGAGGGGGCGGGACUUGAUAAUACAGACUUCCUGCUAUAUCUACACAUACAGAACUCUCGCAGAUGCAGUACAGAGCCCAGUAUGCUGGCCUAUGCAGCCCACUGCCAAACUGACCCUCAGGGUCGUCCCCUGGCCGGGACGGUGGUCAUCUGUAGAGACCAGCUAAGGCAAGAGAGAUACAGGCAUGAAACUACGGUGCAGCUAUUGAUCCAUGAGCUGUUCCACGUGUUGGGUUUCUCGAGAACUCUCUUCAGCACCUGGAGGGACUGUUUCCACACUCGCCAAGCUGGCAUAGAAUGCAUCCCUCAUGGGCGGGUGACUAACUUGGAUAACACGGGUCACAUGCGGAUCUAUACGCAGUCAGUUGUCCGAGCUCUACAGGAACACCUAAAUUCCACAGACCCUCAACUGGGAGGUCCUCUAGAAAACUUGGAUGCUGACUUCAGUGGACUUUCGUCCCACUGGGAGGCUCGUGUUCUGCUAGGUUCCAUUAUGGCGGCUGCCCUCGGAGAGCCGUCUACUGUACAGAUAGACCAAAUGACUCUGGCAGCGCUGCAGGACACAGGCUGGUAUUCAGCAAACUUUAGCCGAGCCCAGAGCCUGGUGUGGGGGCAAGGUGAAGGAUCACAUUUUGGUACUCUUUCCACGUGUAAUGCUAGCACCUCUUCCUACUUCUGCACUGGCAGUGGCCUGGGGUGUCAUUACCAUCAUCUCCACAAGGGGGAGUGUCAGACUGACCAUUAUCUGGAGGGAUGCCGCAUUUACAAACCCUUGGUAAAUGGGAGUGAAUGUUGGAAGGAGGAGAACCAACCGGAUAACAUGGGAUGGAGUGGAGAGAUCUAUCACUCGGAGAGUCGCUGCUUUUUCUCCAACCUGAGCAGAGAAAACACCUCUCUGAGAGUCUCAGUGACGGGUCACUGUUACAGACACCGAUGUACAGGGAUGCGCAGGUUCCAGGUUAUGUAGGCGUUGUAUUCUGCCCUGAGAAAAUAUUAUGUUCUCAAUCUGACCAUACCACUCCCGUAAACAAUCUGGACCA